UGUAAACUUAUUAGAUAUUAAUUCUUAAAAGUAAUGAAAAAAUUGAUCUAAACUUCAAAUUCAAAAAAUUCAAUGCUUUCAUUUCUAUUUGACUUUAUCCCUUUAAUCUCUCGAUCUCAUAAUUAAGAUCAGAGAGAACAGCCACUUUAGUUAGGAUGAAUCCUGUCAAUUUGCAAUAGGGACAUGUCCAUUAGCAUAAAUACCAAAAAGUAGGGGGUCCAUAAUCCCAAAGUAACUGAAAAUUUAAGAAGCCCAAGCGACCAAAGUAAAGUUAGUCCAAAAGAUUUAUAAACACCUCCAGAGAAAGAAUCCCUUGCCAUCCUCACAAACCCAUCGCAAACAAACACAUAAAUCCUCCUUUCCUUGCUCAGGGGCAUAGAACACAACUAGUCAAUUGCCAAUUUGUCAUGGGUUUUGCAGAGAGAGUCGUGGCUCAGGCUCUUCUGGUUAUGAUGGCUGCCUUGCUGCAGUUGUCCCAUGCAGCUGUUUACAAGGUUGGAGACUCUGCUGGUUGGACCACCAUUGGCAAUAUUGACUACAAGCAGUGGGCUGCUACUAAGACCUUCCAAGUUGGUGACAUUAUUCAUUUUGAGUACAAUGCUCAGUUUCACAAUGUGAUGCGAGUAACCCAUCCCAUGUACAGGGCCUGCAAUGCCUCAGCUCCUUUGGCCACCUAUAACACCGGCAAUGACUCCAUUAACAUAACCACAAAAGGCCACCACUAUUUUUUCUGUGGUGUUCCUGGACACUGUCAAGCUGGACAAAAAGUUGACAUCAACGUGCUUCGCUCAUCUGAAACAGCUCCAUCUCCAGCUCCCUCUGGACUGAGCCCUUCUUCAGUUCCUUCGGUCGGUGGGCCUGCACCAUCGCCAAGCAGCGCUAUCUCUUUGAGAGCUUCCAAGGGGAGUUUUAGUAUGCUUGGUUUAGCAAUGGCUGCUUUUACAGUUUUUGUAUGAGGUUUUCAUUAAACAAUUUUAGUUUGGUUGUUCUAUGGAAUUAUAUUGGGGUCUUUUGGCGGACUUUAAGUAAUGGUCAGUAUAUUUUAUAAUGUCAUUGGUUACAGAGACAUGUAUUCCUCGUGAAUAUUAAUAAUUGUAUAAAUAUGAUACUGAGUAGCUACUUUAUGGAAGAAGGCCUGCUAAAGUGGCACUUAUUUUGGCUUUUAUUAUUGUUUUUUGUCUCAAUAAGUUAUGAACUUAAGUUCCAUACGUAAUAAUUGAAAAUAUUUCUUGAAGGAUUCAAAAUUAAAUCCAUGUCCAACAAUUCAAUUGACUUAUCAAAUCAAGUCAAUUAUACAAAGUUAAACCAACAUAUACAAGAGUAAUGAUAGUCAAGGCUUCAAAUAGCGGUUUAAAAGUAGAAUAGCGGUC